AUGGUAAAAGGUGGAAAAAAACCUUCAACGAGCAAGGAGGGAAAAUGGUUUGCUCACACAGUUUUACUAGAGAGUAAAGGAGAGGUCAGGCAAGACCGUAGGACUUGUACAAGCACUGGGAUCAUGCUUUGUCAGGUUGAAACCUCGUUGUCUCAGGCUUUGAGCAUUGAACGCUAUCCUAAAUUGACAAGUCAAAAGAAAUCCAGGGAGUAUCCACUCUCAGACCAUGACAACAAGCACUCCUUAAUAGAUAACAUUGCUCUCUUCACUCUUGGUGGGGGACUGAGAAAGUGUCCCGACGAACGCAAGGAGCAAAACUCUCACUUCACCCUCUGCCCCGAUGGAGCUGCCAGCGGGACGUCAGACACUGGAGGGAACGUCUCCGGCUACGACACAGACUUCAGGGUGAGGCCGACUGCUGCUUUUUCACCGGGCUACAGCCGGUUCACCCGCGACCACCAGCAGAAGGCUGCAGAGGCAGCUUCAGCACGGGCAGGCCAGCGCUUCCUGUGGUUUGGACGACAUGACCUGGAAGAGACCCCACAGAAGCAGUGCGCCCUCAGUUCCUCAGCCAUUCCUUUGUUCAGUCUGGUGCAGCCUGAUGCACUAGAUGGCGUCGACGAGGAAGUCAGGUGAACACUGAUGGUUCAGCAAACUCAAUUAUUUGCAUAAUAACAAACAGCAAAUCAGGUGUGACAGGCCUGUGAAUAAUUUAAUGUGUGCAUUUUAAUCAUAAAAACGUCUGUAGUGACUUAAAAGUUGUUAUGUGCUUGUGUGAGAUGGACAGACUACUAUGUAGAGCUUACUGUAAAAGUGUAACAGGUUCCUAUGACCUCAGCAACUCUGUGACUUGUGUACCAACAUUUCAGGCAACUAUCUGAGUUAUUUUCCUGACUGGAGAUGCAUUUUUCCAGUCACAAACACAUUCUUCUGAUUAUUAACACCGCACGAAUGCACCAUCAGUCUCUUAAUCAAUCAUGGAUGGGUUUUCCGGUGUCACGUGCAAUGAACCUAUCAGAGUGCCAUUUCCCCCUCCCCUUUAAAAGUCAGUUGUGCUUGCACCUUGAUGGAUUGCUCUUGUAAAGGCUAGAUUGUAAUAAAGAGAGGAAACAGA